AUGCAGUUCCCCAAAACUAAAAUCAUUACACUUUGCGGUGUGGUAGCCGUGUCAGCUGUCGUAUUUGGUACUACAGCCGCAUUUCUGUUAAAACGUAAGCGCUUAUCUCAUGAUGAUGAUGAUUCGAACGCUUUUGUUGUUUCAUCGUUAACGAAGUCGACGAUUAAUGAACUUGAUAAGGAUAGAUCCACUUCCGCUGCGAAGCCUUUGCCGGACGAUUUUGGGGCCGCGAUUAUUGAAGAGUCUCUUGAUGAGCUUGUACCAAAGAAGAUCUCUCCCUUGAUAAGCAACCCGGCAGCAUUGGCACCAACUUUAUCUGCGGGGAACGUCUCUGUAAAUAGUGGCGUUGCUAGUGACAGGAACCGCCGAAUUAUUGAUCGCCUGGGUGUUUCUAUGAGAAUGCCGGACGGUUGGGAGCUGCGAGAGGAGGUAUCCCCGGUUCCUAACAUUGCAAUUGUAACGGUAUUCAAUCCCGAAUUCGCUGAUUUGCCACCGUCCAGUGUACCUGGAAGUGUCCCAAUGAUGAUUCUUUCUGUUGAGGAUAUUCGCGCUGAGAAUUUAAACUUGACAGAAUUUAAGGACCGUUCUAAGAGUAUUUCCAUGCAUCAGAUGCACACAAUAACAGGUGGUACCAUUGAGCCGGUCUUGCGCAGAGACGCUGCUGUGAACGAGGGGCCUUUCCGGCAUAUUAUAGAGUAUACCCAAAGCAUGCCCCCUUUUUUUGAUAUUUCAGUGGUCAAUCUUAUUGAAGUUCGUAAUGGAAUUGCGUAUGUGUUCCAGAUUAUGUGCAGUCCCACGGUCGUCUAUCAGAACAGACCUGUAUUCAUACAAAUCGCGCGUGACAUGGAGAUCAGGACAUUGGACACUUGCGCACUGGGCUAUCUUAAGGUUAAUACAGGCUCUAUUAGCGUCGAUAUCGACACGAUGUGGAGCUGGGAACGGCCGGUAACUGGGACUGAUGCCUACCCGGACGUCCUGGUGCGUUUUGAGCAACUUUCCAGCGUUAAGCGAGAGGAAAUUCUGCUAUACAAUGCCGAUUGUGUACCUAAAGCCGAGUGUAAACCUCGUAAGGAAACAACGGUGGACGGCGUUGUGAUCCAGUCUAUUUUUGAUGGCGUACAAGAGCGAAAGGAGGUUCGAUAUGGCAACUACGUACUGGUUGUGAAACCUUUACAGAAGGCCAUCUCUUACAUUCCCGAAUCUGUCCUUGUGAAUACCAUUAAGAGUGUCGAGGAAAGCACCGAAGACCCGAAACCCCACGGCGGAGCCACUUAUUAUUGCCCGGAAUACAAAUACUCCUUUGAUGUGAUUAGCGGCAGCCGCGUUGUGUCGACAAAACUGGGCGUCGGGACGGUCGUAUAUGCGCCGCUAGGUUUUUCCCAAGACAUCACCAAGGAGAUCGCCCCAGAAGAGCAGGGGCCGACCGUGACGAUACGCAUCGGUUCACCAGAAAACGACCCGGACUGCAUGUCCUCUAUCGAGGAGUGGUAUGCACGGAUUAAGUCAGAGUCGGAAGAUGAAGACAUCAGCAACCUUAUGUUAUUCAUCGAGAAGGACCAACAAUGCUUGAAGUUUACGUCAAAGGAGAUGCAAGAAGUUGUUCCAGGUAAGAAGCUUGAGGUUCGGGGUGACGUAUAUAUUUUUGUCAAAGAUGGGAUAACAACACUGAUCCGUUGGGAAACUCCCACGAGAGAGUGGCGAAAACAUGUGUACAAUCUCCACACGUUUUUUGAAUCCUUUACUUUUCUGACAUAA